GCCGAGCGGGACGAGGCCGGAGAUGGCGGGUAAGAGGCCGCCCGGCGAGCGGGACGCCCCCUCCCCGUCCAGCCCCGCCGCAGUCCGCUCCCCGCCUCCCUCCAGCCGGCUCGCUUUGGCGGCCUCGGGGGCAGCCCGCUUCUCCAAGGGCAGCUACCCGCCCACGCUGACCAUGGUCACCGAGGCCGUCGGGGCGCUGAACGAGCGGAAGGGCUCCUCCACCGCCGCCAUCAAGCGCUACAUCCGCCACAACUACCCCGGCGUCGACCCCGUCCGCCUCAAGUACUACCUGCGCAAGGCGCUGCUGAAGGGGCUGGAGAAGGGCUACCUGGUGCGGCCCCUCCACUCCUCCGCCCAGGGCGCCACCGGCAGGUUCAAGGUGAGCGAGGGAGGGGGGGGCUCCGUUGGCGGAAGGGCUGGCCGCCCGCCCGCAGGCUCCCGCGAGACCCCUCCCCUUGUUCGGCCUGGGGCUGCUGAGUCGCGCCCCGGAGCCCACAAGCAGCGUUGGGGUCGGGCCUGUUCUCUGGGGUGCCUGAUGGCCCCCUGGACCCGAGGGCACAAGGGGCUUUUCUGCCCAAGCCUCACAUGGCUCCCAGCCCUUCUCGGAGCCCUCUUGGCAGCCCAAAAGCCCAAGAAGGAAAAGGCGAAGAGGGCCCAGCCUGCCCAGGGGGAAGGCCCACCCCCAAAACCGGAGAAGAAGAAGAAGGCGGCGGCAGCGGCUGAGGGCAAGGCAAGGGCCGAGAAGCCCAAAGCAGAUGCCAAGGGCAAGGAGAAGGCCCCCAGCAAGAAGGCCAAGACUGAAUCCGAGCCGGUCCUGGCUGCAGAGCCCGUGAAGCGGAAGCCGAAGGAGAAAGCAGCAGCUGAAGGAAAGGCUCCCAAGAAGCCCAGGGCCCCCAAGACCCCCCAAGCCAAACUGGCAAAGGGCCCCUCCAAGGCGCCCCCCAAGACGGUCACCAAGGGCAAAGCUCGCCCCAAGGCAGGAGCGGAAGGGGAGGCCGAGCCCCCUGUGGGCGAGCGAGUCAAGGCAGCCAAGGGCAGCCAAGCCAAGAGCCAGUCCGGGCCCCCCAAGGCCGGGGCCCCCAAGGCCGGGAAGAAGGCGGUGGCCAAAGGCAAGAAGGAAGCCGAGGGGGCAGCGGCUCCAGAGAACGCCUGA